AUGGGAUCGCCAUAUCUCCUCGCUCACGGUAAUGGAAAGCCAGUCGCGGAUGCAACAACUACUAUAUCAGCGGAAAAGGGCCGUUACAAUGUUUGGGUUCGAACCAAGGACUGGGUUCCGGCUCAUCAUCCUGGUCAAUUUACCCUUACUAUCAACGGAAAUACGCUCGACACAGUCUUCGGCGCCAAUGGCAAAGAUUGGCAUUGGCAGUACGCUGGCACAGUCAAUCUCCCAUGGGAUGGUGUGCGACUGGUGCUGCACGAUUUGACGGGAUUCUGCGGCUGUUGCGACGCAGUCUUUCUCAGCAAGGAGGACACAUCGCCGCCCAAUGGAAUAGACGGAGAAUCGCGUGCCUGGAGGAGACGACUACGUGGUUUACCUCAUCAGCCUCAUGAUGCAGGGUCAUUCGAUGUUGUUGUCGUCGGAGGAGGCAUACCUGGCUGUACAGCCGCAUUAGCAGCUGCGCGAAUGGGGGAUCGUGUUGCCUUAUUCAAGACCAUCGGGCUCACUCCACGCGGUAUGACCAACUCCAUCAUCCAAGAGCUCUCUCAACGCAACCUCGACGGCGACCUAGUCGCACAGCGGCUGCUUGAUGCAGAACCCAACGCGACAGCAUUCAUGGAAUUCACUGUUUACGAUGCAACCCUCACCGGUUCACAGGUAACAUCGGUGAAGGCCCGACAUGCCCGCACUGGAAAGGAGAUUUGCCUUUCAGCUCCAGUCUUCAUUGACUGCUCUGGCAAAGCCAUCCUUGGUAUCUGCACUGGCGCAGAGACCCUUUUCGGUCAGGAGUCCAAGGCGAUGUAUGGCGAAAGUCUUGCGCCUAUAGUAGCUGAUGAGAUGCAUCACGGACACACAGUCUUUUUUCGAACUCGGAUGGGCGACAAACUUGCCCCUUUUCCAUCUGUUCCAUGGGCCACUGAGGUCGCCAAAGACUACUCUGAUCUUCGGGGUCAGCUCAGUAAGCCCGGUCUUGAGAAUGGCCCGGGACCUCUUGUUGUGCCCCCGAAUUUUGUACCCGAUCCUACCAUGGAUAUGAAGAUGAAGGGACCUCUUACCCACUUCUGGGAGUACGGCCAAUGGCUCGAUCCAUAUACUAAUGGUGAACAUAUUCGGGACCAUCUCUUGCGCGCCAUCUACGGGACUUUUCAAAACGUGAAAGAGAUAGAGCCCGAGACUUACGCGAAUCUUGAAUUCGAUUGGGUAGCAUUUAUUCUUACAGAAACCGAUAUCCGCGAUCACAAAGUUUUCCCCGACGCUGUGGUUCAGAAUGCAGGCGCCUUUUGUCUACAUUACCCAGGCGACAAAAAGUACGACUUCCGUCUGCAGGCCUGGGAAUGGGAUGAGCGGGAUAAAAAGCCUUACGACAUCCCUUUCCGGUGUCUCUAUUCGUCUAAUAUCUCGAACUUAAUGAUGGCUGGGAAACAUAUCAGCACCACGCACAUUGGGGGAUCCAACGCCAAGUUCAUGGCCAAUGGAGGAUGCCACGCUCUGGCAACAGCUGCCGCGGCGCACUUGUGCAUUAAGCACCAAACCAAUCCUCGCGGCAUCUAUGAAAACCACCUUCCAGAACUGAAGGCAACUAUCAUCCGCCAGGGCCAGGGUAUCUGGGACAGAAAAUCGGACAACAGACUGUAA